ACCUGAGCUUAGCAACCCAAACGAAUACCGACAUAGUCAGCUUGUUUUUCCUAGAGACAACAGUGCAAACACUUACAUAGAUAGGCAGGUACAGGAUUUUCGUAAAACUACAACACACUAUGGGUGCAUAUGCCAGUAACUUUCACAAGAGUGGAGGCAAAGUUCUUUUAGAGGAAAUUGAUCCUUCCCACCACAGUUGGAUUUCUGCACAUGCUGAGACCUGCAAAAUGUCUGUUCCAGAGGUUAUGAGAUGUUGGAGUAGAUUCCUUAUGCUUGACCCGGAUUCCAAUGGGAAUGUUAAAAGAACUCAAUUUUUCAUCAAGGAUCCAUAUAGCGAAAAGCUGCUGCAGCAAAUUCCAACAGACGGAGAUGAGAUGAUAACAUUUCAGGCAUACUGCAGUGCUGUGUCAUGGCUGGCAAAGGCCCCUCAAGAAAGCAAACUCCGAGGGUUCUACCAAACUUUGACCUCAAGUACGCUGACUUACGAGUCUCUACAUAUUCUGAUUUCUGACUUAUACCCCAAUAAAGAACCAAAAAUGAUCAGUGACCUUUGCCACCUUAUGUUGUCGGAAAUUGAUAAGGAGAGUAAAGGAGAAAUUGAUGAAGACCAAUUUGUUUUCUGGGUCCAAAGUAUGCCUCAAGAUCAAGUGUCUUCAGUACUACAAUUCCCAAUCUUGCCACCAGAUGGAGCAUCUUCUUCAGAGAGAGUCUUGCCUUAUAUGUCUGCAAGCACAGAUGUGGGUGACAAGUGGAGAGUACGUGAUGAGCAGCUUCAGCAGGUUGCCUCUCUAAUGGCUAAAAGAAGAAGAGACUGGAGACUACUAGCAAACAACUUGGGCUUCCUAGAAAAAGACUCAAUUUUCUUUGAGCAGAACCAUUCUGAACUCAGAGAAAAGAUUCUAGACAUGCUGCAGACAUGGAGGAAUACUUCUGGCGAGGAGGCCCAGUUACAGACACUACAAAAGGCUCUAAAACAAACGAGUAAUGCUGACAUUGCCAAUGAGAUCUUCAAUCUUAAUUUUUAAACAUUAUAGACUUCAUUAGACUCAUAGAUAAAUUAUUGCCUGACACUUUGCUAAUAAAUCAGGAGGCAGUAUCAA